AUGCCCGGCGGUGCUGUUCCUUCUAUGGGGGGCAUCGAUGCUUCUCGCAUCGAGGCCCCCAUCACCAUCAAGACCUACUUGAUGUGUGCCUUCGCUGCCUUUGGUGGUAUCUUCUUCGGAUAUGACUCCGGAUACAUUGGUGGUGUCCUCGACAUGGACUACUUCAUCUCCGCUUUCAUGGGCUUGGACAAGGCCACCACUCCCGCUGCCGAUUUCGUUAUUCCUGCCGCCAAGAAGUCUCUCAUCGUCUCCAUUCUUUCCGCUGGUACCUUCUUUGGUGCUCUCUUGGCCGGUGAUCUGGCUGAUUGGUUUGGUCGUCGCAUUACCAUCAUCGCUGGUUGCGUUGUCUUCCUCAUCGGUGUUGCUCUUCAGGCCGCUUCCAGCAGCAUUGGUCUCCUUGUUGCUGGUCGUCUUAUUGCUGGAUUCGGUGUCGGCUUUGUCUCCGCCGUCAUCAUCCUGUACAUGUCUGAGAUCGCUCCCCGCAAGGUUCGCGGUGCCAUUGUCUCUUCUUACCAGUUCUGCAUUACCAUUGGUUUGAUGCUGGCUACCUGUAUCGACUAUGCCACUGAGAACCGUGCUGACUCUGGCUCUUACCGCAUCCCCAUCUGCAUUCAGCUGAUCUGGGCUCUUAUCCUUGGUGUCGGUCUCCUCUUCCUCCCCGAGUCCCCUCGUUACUUCAUCCGCAAGGGUAACCAGGAGAAGGCUCGCGAUGCUCUUGCCCGUGUUCGCGGACAGGCCCCUGACUCCGAGUUCAUCAACAUGGAGCUUAACGAGAUCCAGGCCAACCACCUCUACGAGCUCCAGGCUAUUCCCCAGGGUGGAUACUUCAGCAGCUGGGCCAGCUGUUUCACUGGUAGCAUCUGGGAGCCCAACAGCAACCUCCGCCGCACCAUCCUUGGUACUUCUUUGCAGAUGAUGCAGCAGUGGACCGGUGUCAACUUCGUCUUCUACUUCGGUACCACCUUCUUCACACAGCUCGGCACGAUCCAGAACCCCUUCCUCCUCAGCAUCAUCACCACCAUCGUCAACGUCUUGUCCACUCCUCUCUCCUUCUAUGCUAUUGAGAAGUUCGGUCGUCGUCCCCUGCUCCUCUGGGGUGCCCUUGGUAUGAUUAUCUGCCAGUUCAUCGUUGCUAUUAUCGGUGUCACCGACUACGGUAACCACAAUGCCGUCGCUGCCAUGAUCGCCUUCAUCUGCAUCUACGUCUUCUUCUUCGCCAGCACAUGGGGUCCUGGUGCCUGGGUCGUCAUCGGCGAGAUCUUCCCUCUGCCUAUCCGUUCCCGCGGUGUUGCUCUCUCCACUGCCUCCAACUGGCUCUGGAACUGCAUUAUCGCUGUCAUCACCCCCUACAUGGUCGACACUGAUGAGGGCAACCUUGGUCCCAAGGUCUUCUUCAUCUGGGGAUCCCUCUGCACUUGCGCCUUUGUCUACACUUACUUCCUCAUUCCCGAGACCAAGGGAUUGACUCUUGAGCAGGUUGACAAGAUGAUGGAGGAGACCACCCCUCGCACCUCGGCCAAGUGGAAGCCCCACUCCACCUUCGCUGGUGAUAUGGGUCUUUCCAUGGACAAGGCUGCUCUUGCCCCUGUUGUCAGCCACCAGGAGGUUUAA